CCAGCCUGGCUGAUUCUAAAUGAUGACUUAGCUCAGUGCGUUACAGGUGAGCAGAUACGGCGGGUGAGUCCUGUGCCGGAGGCUGCGCAGCAGUCCGACCUCUUCCAUCGAGCUGAUCUGUGAUCUGUGGAGGCGAAUCCCUCAGCACCGUCCCGGACCAGCACGUCAACUCAAUGACAAGAAAUGAGAAGAUGAGGCAGCAAGGAAGGACGGGGAUGAAACAAGUCCAAGUCGCUAAAGUGGAAACGCGCGCACUGCAGUGACGGAGAACGCAGAGGACAGAAAAGAGGAUUCGACACAUUUGAGGCAGAAAAGGAGAAAGCCAUGGAGUCUGAGGGGCUGACAGAGGGACGAGCCACUAAUGUGGCACAAGCUGCCGCCUCCAAACUUUCCCAGAUGGGUGAAAGAACUAAACAGCUGGGGAACGUAAUUCAAGACCCAGAACGAAAGAAACGAAUCAUACUAGUGAUAGUCUGUGUAGUCCUUUUGUUAGACAACAUGCUUUACAUGGUGAUUGUGCCGAUCAUACCAGAUUAUCUUGCAGCGCUGCAGAAAGCAGAUGAUAAUGCCCAAGCUGCUGCUGCUGUGCAACAUCACUCCAACUCCACGAACAGUACAGUCCCCCACAGAGUGGCCAAGAACUUUGACUUACAGAUAGGCGUCCUUUUCGCCUCUAAGGCCAUCCUGCAGCUCUUAGUCAACCCGCUGAGUGGCACGUUUAUAGACAGAGUAGGGUACGAAAUCCCACUCUUCAUCGGCCUCAGUAUCAUGUUUCUGUCCACUCUCACAUUUGCCUUUGCUGAAAACUAUGCCUCCCUGUUCGUGGCGCGCAGCAUCCAGGGCCUCGGCUCGGCUUUCGCCGACACCUCGGGCAUCGCGCUGAUCGCAGACAGGUACACGGAGGAGGGGGAGAGGAGCAAAGCCCUGGGCAUCGCACUGGCCUUCAUCUCUUUCGGCAGCCUCGUGGCACCCCCCUUCGGAGGAGUCCUGUACGAGUUUGCAGGGAAGCAGGUGCCCUUCCUGAUCCUGGCCGCCAUCUGUUUGGCGGACGGCGUUUUGUGUCUGACUGUACUGAAGCCCUUCUCCAACCGAGAGAGAGAAAACAUGCCAGUGGGCACACCCAUGUAUAAACUUAUGAUUGACCCGUACAUUGCAGUGGUGGCCGGAGCUCUCAUCAUCUGUAACAUCCCACUCGCCUUCCUCGAGCCCACCAUCGCCAAAUGGAUGGAGCAAACCAUGGAUGCCACCGAGUGGGAGAUCGGCAUGACGUGGUUCCCCGCGUUCUUCCCCCACGUGUUAGGUGUGUUUCUCACUGUGAAACUGGCCGCCAAGUACCCUAAUCUCCAGUGGUUUUACGGGGCGAUAGGUAUGGUGUUCAUAGGUGCCAGCUCGUGCACGGUGCCAGCGUGCAAAAACUUUGGGCAGCUCAUGAUCCCGCUGUGCGGCAUCUGCUUUGGCAUCGCUUUCGUGGACACGGCGCUCCUGCCGACGCUGGGGUUCCUGGUGGACGUGCGCCACGUGUCCGUGUACGGCAGCGUGUACGCCAUCGCGGACAUCUCCUACUGCGUGGCCUACGCCAUGGGCCCCGUGGUGGCCGGCCAGAUAGUCCACGACCUGGGCUUCGUGCAGCUCAACCUGGGCAUGGGCCUCUGCAACGUGCUUUACGCACCGGCGCUGCUCCUGCUGAAGAACGUGUCAGAGAUGAAACCCUCUUUCUCAGAGCGAAAUAUGCUCCUGGAGGACGGGCCCACGGGGCUGUAUGAUACCAUUAAGAUGGAACAACGAGAAAAGAAGAGGAAAGGUUUGUGCACGACCAUCGACGAGAAUGGCAUUGAGACUUUUGUUCAAGGGGCCUACUCAGAGGAGGAAUCCUCAGGAGGGGAAUACACCUAAAAUGACCAAGUGUAAAAACUAUCCAAGUGCCAAUGUAGAUGUGUGCGUAAAGGCUGAUUUAUGGUUCCGCGUUAAAUCGACGCAGAGCCUACGCCGUAGGGUUAUGGCGUAGCGUGCGCGUCGCCGCGUACCCUUACGUUGUAGGCGCUGCGUUGGUGUAACGCGGAACCAUAAAUCAGCCGUAACUUGUCUGAUUCAGUCGACUGCAUAAAACGAUUAGGAUUGUGUAACAGUACCAAUUAUUAGCUGCUCCUUGCGACAAACCCCGCAGGUUUUGUCAAAUCCGGUGGCUCAAGCUUUUCGCAGUAGAAAGAUGCGUCUUCAUUAAAAGUCAGGCUGUUGUAAAAGAUUUACUGAGAUAAAUAUCUCUUUGUUAACAGUAACCAAUUUCCCUCUGUAUCAGAACAGAAGCUGACUCGUAGCAUAUUCAGGGAAUAAUGUGUAAAUGUAUCUGAACAAAAGAAUGAUUGUAAUGUCUUUCAGUGUCACCUGUGUUUAUUUCUGAUGCUAGAAUAUGCAAAAUAGUGUGCUAAGUGACAGUUUUAGAAAUAUGGAAAUUAAAUGGAAUCUGUGUCCUGUUUAUUUAUUUUUAUUUAUUGUAUUUUUAUAUUUUUGAAUGAUGUGCUUGGGGAAUGCAAAGCCUGUGUGAUCUGCGACUGUACAGACAUGUAUAUUCAUGUACAUAAUUAAAUUAAC